ACAAAGUUUGAGGAACUACAUGUUGCCUAGCGAUCACUACAUUCAGAUAAAUAGCUGAGGGGAUUUUUUUUUUUUUACUUUGCACAAACUGCUGUGGCUUCCACGUGGAUUUAAAGGAUCUGGAGAAAAGGCCCAACAGAAAGAGCAUUCAGCAGCUGUUUCAGAGCAUCAGUGUGACACAGACAGAGAGAGGGAGCAACCAGCAGAGGGAGAAGCAAAGAGACAAAGAGAGGGGAAGAGAGAGAGAGAGAGAGAGAGAGAGAGAGAGAGAGAGAGAGAGAGAGAGAGAGAGAGAGAGAGAGAGAGAGAACAAGACAGAGGAGAAGCUGCUUUUGUUCAAACUUGUCACUGAUCACACUGAAGGACUUCCUGUGUCAGCACCAUGGGAAAGUCAGCCUCCAAGCAGUUUGCAGGGGAGCUUCUGCAGUGCCACAACGAGUACAGGAACAAGCACCAGGCUCCUCCGCUGAAGAUGAGCUCGAAGUUGAGCAGAGAGGCUGCCCGUUAUGCUGAAAGUCUGGCGAGCACACGGAUCCUGAAGCACAGCGUGGAGUCCAGCAGAGGGAGUUGUGGAGAGAACCUGGCGUGGGCAUCCUAUGACCAAUCAGGGAAGGAUGUGACAGAUCGCUGGUAUGAUGAAGUGAAACAGUACACUUUCAGCCGUCCUGGAUUCUCCUCUGGAACAGGUCAUUUCACAGCAAUGGUGUGGAAGAACACUAAAAAGCUGGGUGUGGGUAAGUCCACUGCAUCCGACGGUUCUUCCUUCGUGGUGGCGAGAUACUUCCCAGCUGGGAACAUCACAAACCAGGGACACUUUGAAAACAACGUUCUCCCGGCUAAAACCGCCACUUCAUAAAGAUGACGAGAUCCCAAAGACUUGACUCAAACCCAGAGGGAUUUAUUCCUUCCUCCAGGAGUGACGUUAUCUGCCUGCACUGCUGUGGAGAAGACUCAGGAGGGCAAUGGUUGUUGCCUAGUAGAUAAACGACACACUCGAUACUACAAUCGCCUGAAGAUUCUAAAAGUAGUAGUACAAAAGUACAUGUGUAAGAGGCAGUGUUUGACAUUAUUAACAACACGUGUAGUGACCGGGUGGACUGUAUAAUCUUGAUGGGCAUUUACACUGCAUGAGACAGUAUUUCCUUCAUAAAUUGUAGUACUUUAAUAUAUUUCCCACAGUUAAAAACCUCACGGCCUCACAUCUGAAUCUGUGUAAGAAUGGGGACUAAUUCAGUGGAAAUGCAGGGAACUCACAUUUCCAUUUAGCUGAUUACUCAACAGGCUCGGUUUGUAUUUGUGGUGCAGUUACUUGUCAAAACAAAACCCUGCUCAUCCAGGAUGUGUGUUUCCUUCUUUACUCUAAUCCGAUUUUUUUUAAUAAAGUUUAUAGAUUGCCAGAAAUCAGUUUGGCAUCUGUCUAUGGAUGCUAGUGUUAGAGUUUAUGUGUUAGAGUUUCAUUUCAUACAUUUCUCCGUGUUUGCAGGCAAAGUAUAACCCUUCCAUUGAGAAUGACUGAAAAGGAACAUUUUAGACAACGUUAAACACUGAGUAAUGAGCAUGUUUUUCCAAAAUUGGUACUAAACGUCUGAAUAAUUGUGCGAGAGACAUAAAUCUUCUGAGUCUAAAA